GUGUGUACCUAAACGGAAUGAGCGACCGUCCAGGGUACAUGGCCAUUUACUUCUACCUGACCUCAGGCCCAAACGACAGCAACCUCAAGUGGCCGUGUCCGUGGCAGCAGGCAACUAUGGUCCUGAUGGAUCAGCAGUCUGACAUCAGACAGCAAAUGAACAUGCAUCGAAUGGUCACCACCGACCCUGGCAAGAUGUCCUCUAAUGGCACAAAGUACCAAUGGGACAAUCCCAGGGAGGUGGGCUCUAAAGUGACUGAUGAGUCUGAUGGCAGCUUUUACUAUCGAGGACCAGGCUCUGGAAAAAGUACCUUCAUCACCCACAGCAGGCUAAAGAGCAGGAACUUCAUCAAAGGAGACGAUGCCUUCUUCCUCUUCAGUCUGGAAG